GCCUCCCUGUCGCUGGGAACUGUCGAUCCCAUGGGCGGCCUUACGACAUCGACCACCAUCUAUUUGUGGCAAUAGGAGGCCUUAUUGGUGAUGAUUGCCAGCCUGGUAUGGAUAGACAUUCUCUGGACAGCGAGAUGGCAUAAUCUUGCGAAAACGCAGUCGAGCUGGCAGACCGACGACGGGUAUAAAGCCCGCCAUUGCACCUGGGUUGAAGAUGGUCUUCAAUACCAACCACAGAACCGACAAACUUCGACCAUAACCAAAAGAUCAAACUCCAGAGUAUCAUUCAAAAUGAAGACCUCCGUCAUCGCUGCUACCAUCGCCUCCCUCGCCUCCCUGACGGCUGCGUUUGACGUCGCUGUCACCUUCCACGGCGGCCGUGGAGAACGGUUUGGCCAGUCCUUUCCCACCGAUGCCUCCAGCCAUGCUAUUACCAAUCCAAUGAUCGUCUUCGAAAUCUCCUCCCCUGGAGGAGGAUUCUGUACCUUUAUCGGUGCCGAGGGUGAAAGUGUAGUGAUUUAUGCGGAGGAUAGAAAGAAGCUGAAGAAGCCCCAGCGGAUGGUGCGUGGAUCGUGUGACAAUGUCUAGCUAGCUAGUCUUGGGUUAUGGGUUACUCAACACAACAGACCUGGAUGAUGUCGCCGACGGUGUGUUAAACUGGGUCGCGUUAAUGGGUACAUUUGGAUGG